ACCCUACGGCGCUAGGACCACGGACCGGACUGUGCCACAGGAGCCUUGCAGACAGACGCUGGGAGGUGUAGUGGGAGAAAGGCAACACAAGCGGAGUAGAUGCGAACACUUUUUUCAGGUUAUUAACGGACUUAUCAUCAAGACAAAUCACCGACAGAGCACCUUAAAAUGGAACGGACACACUGUUGAAAACCUUUUCAGGUUCCUGGUGGGAAGGCACCUCCACGCUCCAAGGACAGGCCUCCAGUUCCUGUCCAGGCAGAGAGAGGGACGGCGGGGGCACAGGUGUGAGGCUCUCCCUGACAGAGCCCUGGAGACCCCUCACCAUCCUCCAGCAUGGCUGAUGUGGCGAUCGUGAAGGAGGGAUGGCUGCAUAAAAGGGGAGAGUACAUUAAGACCUGGAGGCCGAGGUACUUUCUACUGAAGAGUGACGGUACGUUCAGCGGCUACAAGGAGCGGCCGCAGGAUGUGGUUGCCCUGGAAACCCCCUUAAACAACUUCUCCGUUGCACAGUGUCAGCUGAUGAAGAUGGAGAGACCUAGACCCAACACAUUCAUCAUGCGCUGUAUGCAGUGGACCACGGUCAUCGAGCGAACCUUCCACGUGGAGAGCCCUGAGGAGAGGGAGGAAUGGACCAAAGUCAUCCAGACGGUGGCUGACAGCCUCCACAAGGGGGAUGACAUGAUGGACUCGUCCCCAGACCCCAUGGACAUGGAGGUGUACCUGACCAAACCCAGACUCAAAGUGGUAGGCUGCCCUGCCUCAUCCUGCCUCCAAUCACCCCUCCACAUCCAGCCUCACCCGUAUCUGUGUGUGUGUGUGUGUGUGUGUGUACAGCGUCUCAGUCAUGAUGUGUUGUCUCUGCAGGGUCUGAAGUACUCCUUCCAGACCCCAGACCGGCUGUGCUUCGUCAUGGAGUACGCUAAUGGGGGAGAGCUGUUCUUCCACCUGUCCCGGGACAGGGUGUUCUCAGAGGAGCGGGCUCGGUUCUACGGAGCAGAGAUUGUGUCGGCGCUGGACUACCUCCACGCUGAGAGGAACGUGGUCUACAGAGAUUUGAAGCUGGAGAACCUGAUGCUGGACAAAGACGGACAUGUGAAGAUCACAGACUUCGGUCUGUGUAAGGAGGGCAUCAAGGACGGAGCCACCAUGAAGACCUUCUGUGGGACCCCCGAGUACCUGGCCCCCGAGGUGCUGGAGGACAACGACUACGGCCGGGCGGUGGACUGGUGGGGCCUGGGCGUGGUCAUGUAUGAGAUGAUGUGCGGCCGGCUGCCCUUCUACAACCAGGACCACAAGAAGCUGUUUGAGUUGAUCCUCAUGGAGGAGAUCCGCUUCCCGAGCACCCUGCGGGCACAGGGCCGCUGCCUGCUGUCUGGCCUGUUGAGGAAGGACCCCUCACAGAGGUUAGGUGGUGGGCCGGACGAUGCUAAGGAGAUCAUGCAGCACAGCUUCUUUGCUGGGAUUGAAUGGCAGGAUGUGUAUGAGAAGAAGCUGGUCCCGCCUUUCAAGCCACAGGUUACCUCGGAAACAGACACUCGGUAUUUCGACGAGGAGUUCACAGCACAGACGAUCACCAUCACACCACCUGGACAAGAUGACAGCAUGGAGUCAUUCGACAGCGAACAGAGACCUCAUUUCCCACACUUCUCCUACUCAGCCAGUGGAACAGCCUAAUCUGCUUCCUCACCCUCCCUCCCCCCCAGCUCCCUCCCCACCAGCCUCACCCCACCAGCCUCCCUCUCCUCAGAACACUCUACCAACCAGCCAGACCAUUGGUUGUUUUAUGUGGCCUGUGUGACCAUGGGUGAUCAUGUUAAACUGUAGUAGCAGCCAGUGAUAUUCAGACCUCCUUCUAUCCUAAAUGGUAGAACUGCCGUGGCGUUGGCAUGGUAACCAACGCUGACUGUUUACACUUCCUCAAACAUUGUGUAGCUUUUUUGUGCAGCCGUCAUACUGUACAUUGUGCAUUAUACAAGACAAUACUCAUUUCAGAGGAUAAUCACCUUUAGGAAUAGACAGACAUACUUUGGACCAGCUUGACCAAUGACUACGUUUCCAUGGUAAUCAGAGUUUAAAAUCUGAAUUCCACACAACUUAGUAUUUAAACUUCCUGUAAAACACUUUGGUUUUUGAAGGAAAUUGUUUUUUUCCACCUUUCUGUUGGAGAACACAACAGAUCCAUUAGGACCAAAGUUCCAUCCUUUGAAACAGAUGUUCUUGCUUCCACGCUCAAAGUUUCAUUGAACAAAAUAAAGAAUGCUGUAAAUAACUGCAGGUCUGAUCUCCAGUGCUGUCCUUGAACACAAAAGGUGUUUGUAACAUGCUGAAAGGGACAAGUGCAGCGAUGCUGCCGGAAUCAGACAAAUCAAUUCCUUUUCCAAAACAUUCUUGAUGUCAGAAAUGCCAAACAAAGAAUAUUGACUCUGGGGAGAUGUAAGGUGAUGGUGAAAGCUGACUUACAAUGUAUUUCAAUUGUAACUGUUUAUCUGUGGUCAGUGAAAGAUGAAUUUCCUGUUGUCUGUAUGAGAUCAGGCUGUAACAGUUGGCUUUCUGAAACGGAUUUCUUCCCUCAGAACCAGCCAUCAGGUACUCAAGCUUUCUACCGAAUCAGGGAAUCACCCCCCCCCCCCCCCAUAUCUCCCCUCUCUCUCCCCCCUCUCU